AUGUUCGUCGCUACAGUAAUCGCUCUGGUCCUCUUCUACAGCCGCCUUCUUCAUUGCUGUUCUAUACUUAAUCGAACCGAUUUUUUACGCGAAGAAAAAUUGUUGAAGAAGAUGCUGUUUGAAGACUACGAUCCGAAACUUCCUGUCAUCUCAACCAUUGUGAACUCCUCAGAAACUGAUGGAGUCAACCUACCACGAUUCGAGAUCACCCUUGCUUUAGGCUAUCUGAAAUUGAUGCGAAUGGUCGAAUCUGAACAAAAAGUCGACUUCAUAUUUGAAUAUCAAAUGGUAAGCUGUAACCAGUAA